CUGCGAGCGCGUCCACAAUUUUCCAUAUUUUUAUCUCCACUCUUCUUCAUUCUACUUUGACAUACUACAUACACCUUAUUUUUUUCGCCUUGACUUUAACCUCGUAACAGCUGUUACGAAGGUCCCUUUUUUCUCUUUUAUGGUCCAACGACGAUAAUCUACAACAGUCUUUUUGCAGAUUAAUUGUCGAAUAUGGUGGGUUCGGCUGUAUUGGGUGCUGCUCUGGGGACUGGUGUGGCCCUAUUCGUCGCAAUGACCAUUAUGAUCUACCGCUAUUACAGCUACAAGAAAAAGGCAAAAGAAUGGCAUUCGCUCGACAAGCUGCCCUAUCUACCAAUAGAACAGAAACCCACCCAUAAGCCCUUAAGGGCCUUACCGAAAACGGACUUUAACGUCUCCAAAGAGCAAAUGAACAUCCAACCACCAAGAGCCUCCACUCACUCAAUGUCAACCGACAUAAUCAAAACGCCUCUGGAUUUGUGCUCCUCCGCCUCCACUUCACCUCAAUCGUUACAGCACCAAUCGCGAUCGUACCCCGGAGGACCGCCACUACUAUGUCGUACCCCUAGCGCCUCUAGCCAAAGCAGUUUGGAUAGCAGCACUUCUAAGCAGGGAAGUCAUCGUGGGUCAUCACCGCAAAUCCGCACGUUCGCUCCAGAUGGCAAAGCAUCUCCCUCUCAGCCGCCCUUCGCGCACCAUCAUGAGGCUACUCAUACCAUCAGUUACCCCCUGACUCCCCACCAUCAUCCUCAUUAUCACCACAGAGGUGGAGGUAGUAGUCGUUCUCCCUCUCCACAUCGUGCCGCCUCGCUCGAUAUCCGCUCUACGUCACCUUUUGGACAUAUUAUCGGUGCUGGGGGCGAUGUGAGGACUCCCUCUCCUUCUCAGUCCAGUUUAACUUCUUUGACCGGUAGUUCUUGUAAUUCACCGGUACCAGCCAGUCCCAGGAAUAAUUCAUUUGCCAGAUGUCUCUCUCCCCUCUUCAUCCCUCCAUCUAGAGGUGCGACUCCGGACAUGACAGGUCCCCCUGCUAGCCCACUCGGAGCCAUUCAACCUGAUCUCUACGUGAAGAAAGAUGGACCUCUAUUUAUAGGGGAAUCGAACAAAGCUGGGGGAGCCAGUUUGGGCCGACUGCAUUUUCGAUUGAGCUACGACUUUGAUCGAUCCGAUUUCGUAGUGCAUUUAAUCGAAGCUCAUGAUUUGGCUGGAAGCGAACAGGGAGGCUUUAACGACCCCUACGUGCGGCUCAUUUUAACUCCGGAGGUGGACAAUAGGAAAAGACAAACGAACAUUCAUAGGAACGACGCCAAUCCAGUUUUCAAUGAUAUUUUUAAAUUUCCUGUUUCGCAUGAGGAGCUCAAGUCGAAGAGUUUGUUGUUGCAAGUGUUCGAUUACGAUCGAUUUUCCAGGAACGAUAUCAUCGGCGAGGUUACAAUGCCUCUAAGUGAGUAUGACUGCGCCAACAGUAUCGAAAUCUGGGGCGAAAUUACCAAAAAUAAGAAACCGCCAGAAGAAUUGCAGGAGGUUCUAGUUUCACUGAUGUACCUACCGUCAGCGGAAAGGUUGACCGUAAAUUUAGUUAAGGCUAGGAAUCUUUUCAUUCCCAGUGAAAAGGACUUUAUUGAUCCCUUCGUCAAGGUGAACCUCAUAGUAAACGGAAAACGUAUUAAAAAAAAGAAGUCCUCAUGCAAGAAAAACAAUUGCAAUCCGGUGUGGAACGAGGCGCUUAUAUUCAAUCUAUCUUCGUCCAACGUACAAAACACUGAACUAGAGAUUUGUAUAUAUGACCAAGGGAAUGACAUAAUGGGAAGCAACCCAUUGCUAGGCUGUUGCACCAUUGGCCCGAAAGCUCCCUCUAAUAGUGGAAAAGAACACUGGACAGAUAUGCUGCACAGUCCCAGAAAAACGGUUUUUUCUUGGCACACCGUCAGGACUAUCUGCGAUUCAGAGCAAACGUUAAAAUAAGAAACAGGCCUAAAUAAAUUUCUUUUUACAAACAUCGAAAAGGUAUAUUUUUUUUAAUACAAAAUAAAUCACGCUUAUUUUUGUAUAAUAUUAUAAAACUACUUGUUAAGAGACAAAAAAUAUUAUUUUCAUUCAAAAUAUUACUUUAUAAUACAUCGUCCAGGCAUCUUAAGCUGGCCGCAUUUUAAGGCUGAAGAUAAUUUUUUCUAGGCCUUGAAAAAAAUUGUAUUUUGAAAAUAUAUGUUCCAAUUAAUUCAAACGUAAACUGAAACAACUAAAAAUGUCAUACUACAUCCAGAAAACAUCAUUUUAUUGAAAGUUUUGAAAUUCUUUAGAUUGAGAUGGGAAUACACAAAUAAAAAUUGAACCUUUUUUUCUAUAUUACCAUUAUCUUUUUUUAAUUAUUGCUUUCUCCAUCUUCUGGAAAUUAUUUAGCAUUUCCAGCAUAGUUAUAAUUACAUUAAAAAACAGAUCAUUCUAGGAUUCCUUAGACUCCGAGAGCUUCUUUUUAACAUAUUACGGACAGAAUUAUAUUUACACCAAGGGUUCCAGUCCCAUUAAGAUCUUUUAUAUAAAGUUAAUUCAUGUAUGUUGGAAUAAGGCCUUAAGAAAAAUAUUAUAUGGGCUUAAAUAAACAUCAUUAUCAUUCGGAACAGGAUGAAAAUACAAUAUGAAAUUUAUUAUAAGGUCAAGUAGCUCAUCACAAAAAUUAGGUAUUACGGUAUAUGUAAAAUAUUUAUUGAUAUUCAAUGUAUUUUGCAAAUGAAAUAAAAAAAUACUGUUAUAAAUAAUGAAUUCAAAAAUAUACUUAUGAAUAGUUCUAAGUCUUUAACUAAAACCUGUUGAAUAUGGCGACAAUCAUUGAUUUAUUUAUACUGAUUUUGAUUUUAUGUCAAAAAAUUGAUCCGUUCUUUCAACUUAUUCCAAAAGUAUUAUUAUUGCAAAUGAAACGCUUAAGAAUUAUAUCAAAUUUAUAUUAUAUAUAUAUUUAUAUAGGAAAUAUAAGUAAGUUAAAAUGAUUACUGCUUAGAUUAUA